AUGGGGGGCUUUCUUGUCAGAUAUUUGCUUAUGUGUGUCUAUCUGAUAAUGAUUUUGUUCUCAUCUUCCUUUUUGGAGUCUUACUUUCCACCUUCACUCUGUAAAUUGCAAAAGAAGUUUAAACUCAAUGGUAUGCACAAGCCUGGGGAUGUAAUUCUGGGAGGGUUAUUUGAAGUCCACUACAGUUCUGUAAUCCCUGAGCUGACAUUCACCUCAGAGCCUCAUCAGCCCAGCUGCCAAGGCUUUGACACCCUAGGGUUCAGACACGCCAUGACCAUGGCAUUUGCUAUUGAUGAGAUCAACAAGAAUUCCAAGCUGCUGCCUAAUGUGACUCUGGGAUACAUUCUUUAUGACAACUGUGCUACACUUGAUAUUGGGUUCAGUGCAGCAUUGUCAUUAGCCAGUGGUCAGGAGGAGCAAUUUCUAUUUAUGGAGAACUGUUCAGGGACCCCUUCAGUUGUAGGCAUUGUGGGUGAUCCUUUCUCCACAUUUUCUAUCGCCUCCUCCAAUGUUCUUGGUUUAUUCAAACUUCCUAUGGUGAGUUAUUUUGCCACCUGUUCCUGUCUGAGUGAGCGGCAGAGGUUUCCAUCCUUCUUUAGAACAAUCCCAAAUGAUGCUUUCCAGGUUCGCGCUAUGAUUCAGAUUCUGAAACUUGGCUGGACUUGGGCAGGUCUGCUGGUCAGUGAUGAUGAUUAUGGACUCCAUGUUUCCAGAUCAUUCAAGUCUGACUUUGCCCAGUUAGGUGGUGGUUGCCUGGACUACUCUGAGAUUUUGCCUUGGGGAGAUCAUCCGAAUGAAUAUAAGAAAAUUGUGGAUGUGAUGGCCAAAUCCACAGCUCGUGUGGUCAUUGUGUUUGCACAUCAGAUGCACCUAAUUCAUCUCAUGACAGAGGUGGUGAGGCAAAAUGUGACAGGCCUACAGUGGAUUGCCAGUGAAGCUUGGGCAUUAGUUGAUGGACUCCAUACCCCUGCUUUCAUGCCGUUUCUUGGUGGAACACUAGGCAUUGCCAUCCGACGAGGAGAAAUACCAGGAUUUAGAGACUAUGUUAAAAUUAAUCCUGAAGAACACAGCAGUGAAAAUAGCAUUGUGAAGACGUUUUGGGAACAUAUGUUUCAGUGUAGAUUUUCACCAUUUUCAGCAGACUGGUGGAAGCUGGUGUGGCAACAAUGCACUGGACAAGAAGACCUAAAGAAUACAGAGACUGAACUUUUGAAUGUGUCUGAACUCAGGCCUGAGUAUAAUAUUUACAAAGCUGUGUAUGCUCUUGCAUAUGCCCUUGAUGACAUGCUGCACUGUGUUCCAGGGAGAGGGCCUUUCAGUGGGCACAGCUGUACUGCUUUGCAAAGAUUAGAGCCAUGGCAGUUGGUCUAUUAUUUGGAAAAGGUCAACUUUACCACUCCAUUUGGUGAUCAAGUAUCCUUUGAUGAAAAUGGUGAUGCCUUACCAAUAUAUGAUGUGAUGAACUGGCUGUGGCUCCCUGAUGGAAGCACUAAAGUUCAGUGCGUAGGUGAGGUUAAGGGUUCAGCUUUCAAAGGUGAAGAACUCAUACUUGAUGAAUACAAAAUCUUCUGGAACUUUGAAUCAAGACAGCCACCUAGGUCAGUUUGCAGUGAAAGUUCCCCAGGAACACACAUGGUGAGAAAGCGGGGACAGCCUGUCUGCUGCUUUGAUUGCAUCCCUUGCUCUGAGGGAAGGAUCAGCAAUAACACUGACUCCUUGGAGUGCACCAUUUGUCCAGAGGACUUCUGGUCAAGCCCCCUGCGUGACCAUUGUGUUCCCAAGAAGACAGAGUUCCUCUCCUACCAUGAACCUCUGGGUAUCUGCUUGACAACCACCUCACUGCUGGGCACAUUCAUUUGCACUGUUGUUCUGGGAAUUUUCACAUAUCAUCGCAGCACACCUAUGGUGCGUGCCAACAAUUCAGAAUUGAGCUUUCUGCUGUUAAUGUCACUCAAGUUGUGUUUCCUUUGUUCACUGUUAUUCAUCGGAAGACCCAGACUUUGGACAUGCCAACUCAGGCAUGCAGCAUUUGGGAUCAGCUUUGUGCUUUGUGUCUUGAUCCUGGUAAAAACCAUGGUUGUUCUGGCUGUGUUCAAAGCCACCAAGCCAGGAGGGGGAGCCAAUCUGAAGUGGUUUGGUGCUGUACAGCAGAGAGGAGCAGUUCUGGUUCUUACUUCUGUUCAAGCUGCAAUCUGCACUGCCUGGCUUGUCUCGUCCUCUCCAGUUCCGCAAAAAAACCAAUAUCACAAUGAUAAGAUAGUUUAUGAGUGUGCAGUUGGGUCUACGAUUGGCUUUGCGGUGUUACUGGGUUACAUUGGUGUACUUGCUGUUCUUAGCUUUCUUCUAGCAUUUCUAGCCAGGAACCUUCCAGACAAUUUCAAUGAGGCAAAUUCAUCACUUUUCAGCAUGCUGAUCUUCUGUGCUGUGUGGGUGGCCUUUGUUCCUGCUUAUGUCAACUCUCCUGGCAAAUAUGCUGAUGCAGUGGAGGUAUUUGCCAUUUUGGCCUCAAGUUUUGGCCUUUUGGUGGCACUGUUUGGACCCAAAUGUUACAUCAUUCUGCUGAGACCAGAGAGAAACACCAAAAAGGCAAUCAUGAGUAGAGAAACCACCAUAAAAGCAACAUUUGUAGUAAAAUGA